GGCUCUUUUCGUUGUGAGGUCCUUCGUGGGAGCCUCAGCCAGUCCCAGCAUUCCUUGCGGCUUGGUCCGCCAACCCAUCUUGGCUCGAGCCCUCCUGGCGCAAGGCCCGUCUCCGCUGGACCCACUCGCUUGCGCGGCAGACCGUUCGUCCGUGGGCCGCACGCGGCUCUGCCCCCUGCGCGCGCAUGUCCAAGGCCGCGACGAAGACGAGCACGGCGGCGAGGGUGACCGUCUUGACCAGCCUCCCGGUCUCCCUCGCGUGGCGCUCCGCCGGCUUCCGCUGGGCGCAGGACGACAUGCCGGCAGAGUUCUCCCGCAUCGCGCCGCUGCUGCUCGGCUCGCUGCUGCUCUGCGUUGUGCUUCUCUUCCUCCUCCUCGCGGUGAACGGCCGCGCGGAGGCCCGCAAGGUAUGCAACAGGAGGUAUGCCAGCGCCGCCCUUCCGGGAGUCUUUUCCGCGUUGACCUUCGUGCUUGAAAACUUCGCGCUCGCGAACGGCCUCAGCGCGACCCUGGUGGUUCUGCUCAACAAGUGCGCGAUUCUGCCGGGCGUCCUCGGGGAGAUCUGGUUGACGCGGACCACGCCGUACCGCACGCAGCUCCUCACCAUGGCGGCUUUGCUCUUGUGCAUCAUCGUCUACUCUCUCGGUGACGAGGGCGAAAUUAACAUGUCGCUGGUCGGGUUGCUCUUGGGCCUUGGUGCAGCCCUCUCAGAUGGAGUCGGCGACAUCGCCUUUGAGGCCACGGCGAAGUCCUGCCUCGACGACCUGGAGGAGGAUUCGGGUGCCGAGACGCUCAGGUGCUUCCUCGUGAACGAGCUGUACAAGUCCGUGUUCAACAUCAUCUUGAUGCUCGUGUUCGAGCACAAGUACUUGUCGCGAGGUCUUUUCCAUGGCUGGGGCCUCCCCAUGCUCGUCGGCGGUGUCAUGUCGCUCCCCGUGAUGGUCGCGCUUUACAACACGGCCAUCUUGACGGCCGGCAACUUGAAGACCAGGAUCGCUGCGUCCGCCGAUAUCGGCAUCGCCUAUGUGAUGGAUGCGAUUAUCUUCGGUGACACGGUCAGGAUCUCCCAGUGCCUGUUGAUCCUCGCCAUCAUCGCCCUGAUCGGCGUCUACACCCAGUUCGCCGUCGAUGUGCAGAAGGCCGCCGCAGACGCCCCCAUCAGGUCGGAGAAGCCAGACGCAGAUAUUGUGUAUGUAGUGUAAAAAGUUGUUCGCGGCCCCUCAUCGGGGGAGCUCUGCGUCUCGGCCAAGGCUGGCGACCGCAGUAGUAGCAGUAGUCUUGUUGCCUACGGGCGAUGGAACUCUUGGCGGUAAUUCGGACGAGCAAGGGGUCAUGAUAAUGAUACUUUCCCAGAUUUCCAGGAUGUCCACUUGUUCUUGAUGUUUCUCGG